AUGUCCGGAAACCCGCUCGCAAAGCUUCUGGUGGCGGCGUGCGUGUGCAGCGCAGUGGUCCUCGGGGUCCCCAAGAACAAAAGACAGAGUGGACAGUAUCAGGUGUUCCCUGAUUUCCAUGACACGGAAGCUCUCAGUCCAGUUGGCUGCGAGGAGAACGGGCGCUCGUUCAGAGUGAACGAGCAAUGGGAGAAACCUUACCGUGGCAGCACGUUGUUGUGUACCUGCAACGGAGCACAAGGCAUUAAAUGUAAAACCAAACCUGAAGUGGAGGAAUCUUGUUAUGAUAAGUACAACGACCGGACAUACCGGGUUGGUGAAACGUAUGAGAGACCAAAGGACGGAUUGUUGUGGGACUGCACUUGCAUCGGAUCUGGUCGGGGCAAGAUCAGCUGCACCAUCGGAAAUCGUUGCCAUGAAGGUGGAAGGUCUUACAAAAUCGGAGACACCUGGCAGAGGCCUCAUGACACAGCUGACUACAUGUUGGAAUGUGUUUGUCUUGGAAAUGGCAAAGGAGAGUGGACUUGCAAGCCUGUGGCUGAGCGGUGUUACGAUAACAAUGCUGCCUCAUCGUACGUGGUGGGCGAGACCUGGGAGAAACCCUACCAAGGUUGGAUGAUGCUGGACUGUACAUGUCUAGGCGAGGGGAACGGACGUAUCACGUGUACUUCAAGGAACCGCUGCAAUGACCAGGACACCAGAACUUCCUAUCGCAUUGGAGACACCUGGUCCAAGAAUGACGCCAACGGGAACACGCUGCAAUGCUUGUGUUUGGGAAACGGUCGCGGGGAAUGGAAGUGUGAGCGCCACAAUGCGGGACAAGGAACCGGUACGGUAGUGGUGAGCCCUCUCACCCCUCAGGUGCAACCGGAGCUCACUAUUGAAGGGACCUGUCGCACUGACUCCGGAGCCACGUACUACGAUGGACAGCGUUGGAUCAGGAACCAGGGCAGCAAGCAGAUGCUUUGUACUUGUCUGGGUAAUGGUGUCAGCUGUCAAGAGUGGGAGGCUCGAAAUCAGGUGUACAGCGGCAAUUCCAACGGCCAGCCAUGUGUCUUCCCGUUUGUUUUCAUGGGGAAGACCUACUACUCCUGCACUACCGACGGUCGCUCGGAUGGCCAACUAUGGUGCUCGACCACUUCAGACUAUGAGCGGGACGAACAGUACUCUUAUUGUACUGAGAAGAACGCCAUCGUGGCUACACGAGGAGGCAACUCCAACGGCGCCCUUUGCCACUUCCCCUACCUUUACAGCGGCCGAAACUACACCGAUUGCACCUCGGACGGCCGUCGCGAUAACAUGAAGUGGUGCGGAACUACGUAUAACUACGAUGCUGAUCAACACUUUGGAUUCUGCCCAAUGGCUGCCCACGAAGAGGUGUGCACAACCAACGAGGGAGUCAUGUACCGCGUGGGAGACAAAUGGGACAAACGCCAUGACGUCAUGGGUCACAUGAUGGAGUGCACGUGCCUCGGCAACGGUCGUGGGGAGUGGAAUUGCAUCGCUUACUCACAGCUGCGAGAUCAGUGUAUUGUGGAGGGUUUGACCUAUGAUGUCAACCAGGAGUUCUCCAAGCGCCACGAUGAGGGCUACAUGAUGAACUGUACCUGUUAUGGACAGGGUCGGGGACGUUGGAAGUGUGACGCUAUUGAUCAGUGUCAGGAGCCACAGACAAGGGCGUUCUAUCAAAUCGGCGAGUCAUGGGACAAAGUCAUCCACGGCAUCCACUAUCGCUGUUAUUGCUAUGGCAACGGCAUUGGAGAAAUGAGGUGUGAGCCCCAGCAGGAUUACCAAGGUGGUCACAGGCCAGUUCAGGUCAUCAUCACAGAGGCGGGCAAGCAGCCUGACUCGCACCCGAUACAGUGGAACCCUCCCUCAUCUGUUCAGAUCACGCAGUACAUCCUUAAAUGGAAGAUUAAAAAUUCCCGUAACCCCUGGAAAGAGGUCGUCGUUCCCGGCCACCUCAACUCCUACACCAUCUCCGGUCUGCGUCCUGGGGUCACCUACGAGGGUCAACUGAUUAGCAUGUUACGCUAUGGACAACGCGAGGUCACGCGUUUCGAUUUCACCACCACCCACGGUUCUUUGGAAACAUCUGAAGGAGAGACGAACAAACCUCCCCCGCUGGUGGACACCUCCGAAUCCGUGACUGAAAUCACGUCAAACAGCUUCGUGGUGUCUUGGACGUCAGCGUCGUCCACCAUUUCCGGUUUCAGGGUUGAGUACGAGCUUAGUGAACAGGGAGCACAACGCCAAGUCUUGGACCUUCCUCGAACGACCACCUCUGUCACCAUCGGCGACCUUCUGCCAGGGCGCCGAUACAACGUGAAUGUUUACGAGCUUCCAGAUGACGGAGACGCCACUCUCAUCCUGUCCACAACCCAGACAACAGCUCCUGACACUCCUGCUCGUCACACUAUCGAUGACGUUGGCGAGACAUCAAUCCGCAUCAGAUGGUCCAGACCUCAAGCUCCUAUUACUGGUUACCGCGUAGUAUACACGCCUUCAUUAGAGGGCAGCAGCACCGAGCUGAACCUGCCAGACUCGGAGACCUCCGUGACCCUGGUUGACCUUCACCCGGGUGUGCUGUACAACAUCAGCAUCUUUGCUGUGGAAGAGAACCUGGAGAGUGAGCCUGUUUUUGUCCAGGUCCAAACCACCGGAUCCUCUAAACCAGAGGAAGUGGCAGCGCCCACCGACUUGCAGUUCUACGAGGUCACAGAUGUAAAGAUCACCAUCACGUGGAACGGGCCACCCAGUGAAGUGACGGGUUACAGGGUCACCUUCUCUCCCAUUGGGCCCGAUGGCAGCGAGAUCCGACCUCUCCAGCUGCCGGUCUCGCCCAACGCAUACGCUGACAUCACCCACCUGCAGCCUGGCACGCUUUACCGCUUCUACGUCUACGCCAUUAACGGGGGUGUGGAGAGCGAGCCGCUCAUGGGGGAGAUGGUUACCAAACCGGACGCUCCCACCAACGUACAGUUCACUGACAUCGGUCCAGACAGCGCUCUGGUGAUUUGGGAAGCUCCUCGCGCCGUGGUGUCUGGCUAUCGUCUCUUACUGAGCAUCCAGGGCUCCAGCCCCAUCGAGAAGAGAAUCCCCGGCGGUGUCACCCAAUACGCUCUGAGGAAUCUGCGUCCCGAAACCGAUUAUACUGCUGUUCUGCACUCAGAGCUGGAUAGCGUACUUAGUGAGCCGGUUACCACGUAUUUCACAACAGCACCCCAGAUGGGAAAUGCACCGGCUUUCAACACAGAGGUUACUGAUACCUCCAUCAUCAUCACCUGGAUACCUGUCCGCAGAUUUAGCUACAAGCUGUCUGUUCUCCCCAGCCAGCAGGGAGAGUCUCCGAGACACAGAACCUCCGACACCGGGCGCCUUCUUGUAACCGGUCUGAUUCCCGGAACUCAGUACACAUACAGCGUCCAGCCCAUUUUUAACGGACGCCCCCGUGGAAACCCCAUUACCCGCAACAUUGUCACUUCCUUGUCUCCUCCAACUGACCUGAGAGUCCAGUCCAACUCUGACACAGGAGAUCUGGCCGUCCUCUGGACAGCCUCCAAAACACCAGAUAUCACAGGAUACCGAGUGUCCAGCACGCCGACCAGCGGGCAGAAAGGAAACAGCAUUGAGGAGUUUGUGAGGGCCGAUCAAACCUCAUGCGUGCUGGAGAACCUGAAUCUCGGGGUAGAGUACAACAUCAGCGUGUUUGCCGUCAAGGACCAUUUGGAAAGUCUGCCUGUGUCGACCAUUAUCACCACAGACAUACGCCCACCGAGACAUAUUCACUUUGUCGACAUUACUGACACCACCAUUGGCCUGCGCUGGAUCCCUCUGAACUAUUCCACCCUAACGGGUUACCGGAUAACGGUCGCGACGGCGGGCGAGAGCCUGCCAAUUUUUCAAGACAUGGUGGACGCAUCGGCCGGGUAUUACACGCUUCGCGGUUUGGAGCCUGGCGUGGACUAUGACAUCAGUAUCGUCACGGUUACGGAAGAGGGGGAAAGCGAGCCGACCACACACACAAAGCAAACGCAAGCGGUGAUUCCAGCUCCUACCAACUUGCAAUUUGGAGGCGUAGGUCCCGACCACAUCCGGGUCACAUGGACCGUCCCCCACGUCGCCACCCCGAGCGACAUCUCCAACUUCGUCAUCCGUUACGCACCUGUGACUGAUGACCGUGAUUUUAAGGAGGUCAAUGUCGGCGGUGCUUCCAACACCUUCUUGCUGGAAAAUUUGCUUCCUGACACUGAAUAUCGUAUCAGCGUGGUGUAUAUGUACGGAGAGCGAGAGAGCAAUCCGGCCAUAGGAACACAAAAAACAACGCUGGAUUCUCCGACCGCUCUGGAAUUUUCUGACAUAAAAACCAACUCCUUUACCAUCAAUUGGCGGGCCCCCACCUCAAAGAUCACGGGCUACCGAAUCCGCCAUCAGAGGACGAGUGGUGGUCGCACCAAGGAUGAGAGAGUUCCACCUAGCAGGACUCACUACAUUUUGACAGGACUGACUCCGGAGACCGAAUAUCAGGUCGCUUUGUACGCGGUCAAGGGCAACCAGGAGAGUCAACCAGUGACUGGCACACAAGCCACGAUUUCGGAUGCGCCCACUGAUCUGGAAGUGGUGUCGUCUUCUCCAACAAGCAUCACUAUUCGCUGGGACGCCCCCUCUGUUUCUGUCAAUCAAUACCGAAUCACUUAUGAAGGCACAGGUGGGGUGGCUCCUCAAGAGUUCACCAUCCCAGGCACUCAGACUACAGCUACCAUCACUGGUCUGCAGCCAGGUAGCGACUAUACCAUCACGGUUUACGCCGUUACCGGAAGAGGCGAUAACCCCACAUCCAACACUCCGGUCUACAUCACACAUAAGACUGAUAUUGAGCCACCCAGUAACAUGGAUGUAACUGAUGUGAGCGACAAUGCCAUCACGGUACGCUGGUCCCCUGCUCGGGGGCCCAUCACAGGCUAUAGAGUCACAGGCGCCCCUAAAAAUGGCCUGGGACCCUCCUACUCCAAGGAUGUCUCUCCUGCUCAAACGGAGAUGACCCUCACAGGCCUGAUGCCCACUGUUGAGUAUGUUGUGAGCGUCUCUGCCCUGGGUACCGAUGGCCAGCCCUCCUCUCCAGUGGUGGAAAAUGCCAUCACAGCAAUGGAUCGUCCUAAAGACCUGACCUUUUCCGACAUCGACGCCAACUCCAUGCGCAUCGCUUGGGACAGUCCCGAGGGUACCGUGACAUCGUACCGCGUUCUCUACUCCAGCCCCGAAGAUGGCGAGAGGGAGCUGCGUCCUGCACCCAGAGGCAAUCAGGACAGCGUGGCCAUAAAAGGCCUUCGAGCCGGGACGGAGUACACUGUCAAGGUCAUUGCCCUUAACGGCCGCACACCCAGCCCACCAUUAGUGGGAACGCAGGCCACAGUCAUACCCGCUCCAACAAAUAUGGUCAUCUCAGAGGUGGCGCCCACCUCCUUUGCUGUGUCGUGGCAAGCACCCAACGCGCGACUAUCAGGGUACCGUGUGGUCGUUAAUCCCGAGAACGUCAACAGCCCCGCCAAGGAGCUCAACGUAGCUCCUGACACUACACGUGUGGUCGUUCCUGGACUCAUGGUGGCCACCAGAUACCUGAUCCAUGUCUAUGCACUUAAGAACUCUGUCACCAGCAGACCACUGGAGGGCGAGGCAACCACACUGGAAGAUGUAAGUCCACCCCGCCGUGUGCGUAUCAUGGAUGUGAAGGACGACUCUUUCACCCUCAACUGGCGCGCCAAGGUAGAAACCAUAACUGGUUUCCUUAUCGAAGCCACGCCCCAAGGCAGCUCGCGUCCCACGAUCACCAAAACCAUCCCAGCAGAUGUAUACAGUUACACUGUCACAGGUCUAAAGCCUGGCACCACCUAUUCUGUCAAAAUGUACACCCUGAACGGCAACACAAGGAGUACUCCCGUAUCUCUGACUGUUCAAACAGCAAAACCGGCAGUCCAAGCACCCACCAACCUCCAGGUGACGUCUCUGACACCCACCUACAUCUCAUUCACUUGGCAACCACCAGCCACACCAAUCACGGGCUACUACAUCACCUACGCCGAGCCCAGAGCGACUCCCACGGAGCUCAAGCCUCGGCCCCACGCCGGACAGAACUACGCAACCAUAUCGGGCUUGAAACCAGCCACUGAGUAUAUCAUCAAGAUUGUUGCCAUCCAGAACACACAGAGAAGCACUCCUCUUGUGGGCAGAAUCAGGACUCAACCAGACUCCUUGCUUCCUGUCCCGCUCCCCCACUACCCCGGAGGUGUCACCGAUAGGCUGGACGUGCCUGAUACCGACUUGGACAACCGAGUCCAGCUGGUGGGCACCAAUGGCCAGGAUGGACUCGGCGGUCAAAGUCAACACGUGGAGUAUACCGAGUUCAACAACAACAAUGGGGUCACCCCACAAUCACCUUACGAUCGCGUUCAAGAGCCCUUGGUCUUCGUCCCCCUACCUGACUCUGACGGUCGACGGAAGCCCUACGUCAAGCUCAACGUGCCCUUUGGCGCCGUGUUUGCCAAUGAGACAAAUCUCCCACAGGAGGCUCAAACUAGGACCGCCAUUUCUUGGAAGCCGCAUGGUCAGAGCAACGCGUACUUGGUGACCUGCAAUCCAGUAACGCAAUUGGAUGAGCAGAUGUUCCAGGUGCGGUUGCCAGGCACAACCACCACCGCCACAUUGAUAGGCCUCACUCCAGGGGCCGACUACAAUGUGAUUGUGGAGGCGCUGAAGGGAGCGCUUAAACACAAGGUGCUGGAGCAGCUCGUCACCGCUGGAAACACAAUCCAAGAGAUUCCUUCAACCGAUGACAGCUGCUACGACACGUUCACCGCCACGUACCACGACGUUGGUGCUCAGUGGGAACGCAUGUCCGAGACGGGCUUCAAGCUGUGGUGCACAUGUCUCGGUCUGGGAAGGGGCCACUUUAGAUGCGACUCGUCCAAGUGGUGCCACGACAGCGGCAAAAACUAUCGCGUGGGCGACAAAUGGGACCGCCAAGCAGAGAACGGUCACUUGAUGAGCUGCACCUGCUUGGGAAAUGGCAAAGGAGAGUUUAAGUGUGAACCACAUGAAUCUGUGUGCUACGAUGAAGGGAAAACAUUCCAGGUGGGCAACCAGUGGCAGAAAGAUUACCUAGGCGCCAUCUGCACCUGCACUUGCUACGGCGGACAGCAGGGCUGGCGAUGCGAGAACUGCCGCCGACCGGCAUCGGACACAGACGCCGCCGUGAUGCAGCCCACUCGAUAUGGAGACAAUACUCUUCGUAAACCUAACAUCCACUGCCCCAUCGAGUGCCUGCGACCCGGCCUUCUAGCAGACGCGUUGGCGGUCGCGGAUCCUCGGGAGUGA